UUAAGUAAAAAAAUAUAAUAAUAUAUAGAAAUAAUAAUUCUUAAAGAUAUUUCCACACUUGUGGUUAACCACUAAAACAUACAAAUAUUUUGAAACCGAACCAAAAAUUAACCAAAAUGUUUUGGUUUACAAGGUCAAGAUCAAGCGGUCGAAAUAUGAUCAAAUAUAUACCUUGUCUACAAAAUAUAGAAUAUAUUCCUGAGUCCUAAAUUCCAAAUACUUACUUAGUUUGUGGGUGAUGGUAUAAUCUAUAACUCUGACUACAUUUGCCUUUAAAUUUUUUAUGUAUUUAUCAUAUUCCUCGGUCAACAUUGUCUAUAUAUGUUAUUGACUCUUAAGUAAAAAAAUAUAAUAAUAUAUAGAAAUAAUAAUUCUUAAAGAUAUUUCCACACUUGUGGUUAACCACUAAAACAUACAAAUAUUUUGAAACCGAACCAAAAAUUAACCAAAAUGUUUUGGUUUACAAGGUCAAGAUCAAGCGGUCGAAAUAUGAUUACUUUUUGUUAUCGCUUCUUGAGAAAUUAACCAUUCGAUCAAAAACUAACUAAAAUAUAUAUGACUUAGAAUUUUUUCCUUAUAAAAUUUUUUGUUUUUAACUAUUAAAAAUAUAAAACUGUCGUGAUACGCAAAUUAGUAUAGUCUGGUAUAUACCAUCUACUAAUUUGAUAUUUCAGUUACAGUAAAUUUAUUAUAAACUAUAAUUUAGUAUUGUGGGAGACGGAUUUGACAUCUUUUAACUUGUCUUAACUGAAAUUAACAAAUUGAAAACAAGAAAAAUUUCUAGAAUAAAUGAAACCCACAAAGUAAGCAAAAUCUAUUGAAAAUUAAUAAACCUACGUGCAACUAAAUAAAAAUAAAUAAAUAAAUUCAAAAAAGCCUCGGCGGUAUUAUUCAAUCAAUGAUUUAAAAUCAAUUGUCAAGUAUUUCAAUCAAUUAAACUUUAUUUAAACGUUAUUUUUAGUUAAUGAAUUCUAAACCUUUGCAGUAUAAUUUGGAUUUAGAUUUGAAUUCUAAAAUUUUUGCAGUAUAAAUUAUAAAAAAAAAAUUAUUGUCUAAAUGGAUCGUCUAAUAGAUGAAUUCACUAUUUUAUGAAAAUCGUCGAAUUUAGAUUUAGUUAACGAUAAAAAUCUCUAAAAUAUUUUAAUCAUUAACUAAAAUAUUUAUUAUAUAGUAAAAUAUAAACACAGUUGUGUUAAAAGAAAUUAUUUUAAGCAUCAUUAUAUUUAAAUUAGUAAAAUAUAAUAUAAUAUAAUAUACUGAAUUUAUAUUUAACAAAAAUAAUAUUCUUAAUUCUCUUGAUAUAUUUUCAAAUACAGGAAAACCCGGAUCUUAUUUUUUCAUUAGUUUUUGUUAUUGUUUUGAUAAAACCGAACCGAUGUAUACACCUCUCAUAAAAUAAGAAAGAAAGAAAGAAAAAAAAUAGAAAUCUCUUUAGACAUUUUGGAUGAAGAAAGUUUGACCAUAUAAAUUGUUACCAAAAUAAAAUUGUUGAAUUUUACUAUAAGAACACCAACUCUCUCCUAUGCAGCACCACACAUAUGUUCCUUUUCAUCAUAAUUUUCAGCUAGCUUUCUCUGAAGAAAAGGUUUCUUCUUUACAUCUAUAUGUUUUUUUCUGUCAAACUUUAAUUUAUAUUGAUUGAAGAGAGGAUACUAGAUCACUGUACAAAGGGUUAAAAAACCAUGCAGGUGGAUACAAUUUCGAAGUAUGAUAAAUAAGAUUUGGAGGACCUACUUUAGCUACUAAAUGGGCUGGUUCACGUUCUUCUUCUAGUAUAGUUAAACAAACAAUUUUUUAAUUUUUGACUCCAGACAUAAAUAUCUUUAUGUUUUCGAUUACAACAUUCCAGCAUGAUCUAUUAACAAUUUUGUCUCCUUAAAAAAUGGUUGAUCUUUACAUCUAUAUGUAACUAAGUAAACUAUAUAUUCAAUAAUGAGUGAUUGUGUGUGUUCUUUUUGUUUUAGGUUGUGUGUGUUUCUUGACAUCUCAGGGUUUUCUCCCACAAAAAUGAGUGAUUGGAGUGGAAACUCCAUAGAAAUUUGGAAUCCCCCCAAAAUGAGUGAUUGCGAUGGAAUAGUACGAGCGAUGCUGGAGCAAACCGACAAUGGUCUUAAUUCGAUCAGCCAGAUCUUCCCUAAAACCAACUUAUCCACUAAUCAUCAGUCCGAACAAAGAUCUAGUCUCGGCGAAAGAGUAACUUCAAGAAUACGAUUUAAUGUUCCACCGCUCGAGACAGAGAACAUCAUGAGUCCAUUUGCUGUUUCUAGAAGCCAGACUAAUGUCCCUUCUCCUCUCAUCGCAGUCUCUCCAGGAUUUAGCCCAUCUGCAUUGUUGCAGUCUCCAAAAAAGUUCUCAAAUUCUUUUUCACAGCAUAUCAUUCAGUCUCGAGUCGCCAAUGACGGGCCUCCGGAGAUGGUGGAAAGUUCUGGUGGCGACUAUGCAACCACGACGAUAUUCAACAACGAUGUUCCCCAUCAACCGAUGAACUUUGAUCAUAUGCCUCAUCACGAAGGCUUUUAUGAUAUUCCAACCGAACAGUCUGUUUAUGUCCCAUCUCAUGAAUCUCAUGCUGAUCUCAUUGGUGCACCUUUAGUCACUUCUUUUGAAUCUGAUGAAGUUGCCAAUGAAACCGAUAUCAUGAACAUCAUCUCCCUCGACAGCGAAGACGAGGACGAAGAUUACAAGGAGGACGAAGAAUACAAGGAAGACGAAAAUGUAGAUGAAGAAGAUGACAGUGUUGAUGAGCUUCCACCUCGAAAGAGAAGGAAAUAUGAGGUAUCAGACAUGUUCGGAGCCAAAAGAACAAGAAAGGACGAAAGGGUUAUACUUCGGAUGGAAUGCGAAGAAGACAAUCCUGACGAUGGUUAUCAGUGGAGAAAAUACGGUCGGAAAAUUGUCAAUGGGAAUUCAAAUCCGAGGAGUUACUACAAAUGCACAUACGGUGGGUGCAAUGUGAAGAAACAUGUGGAGAGAGGAGCAGAUGAUGUGAAGUUACUGGUAGUCACAUACGAUGGGAAGCACAAUCACCCAAUACCAACUGGACGCAGUAGCAAUAGAUCCGGUCCAAGAAACCGUUCCGGCUUUUCAGUGUCUCAAACCCCUCGGUUAGGCAGGCUUCCUUCUUCCUCUUCGGCCUGUCAGUAUUGCUAUUCUUCUUUGGAGCCACACCCUGAUAUGGCAUUGCUCUAUAUGACUGGACUCUCUAAGCUGCAGAGUUUUCCGGUUAACCAUAAUCAUGGUUUUAUGUACCGGCAUGAUGAACCGAUUAUUGAUCGUGUGAUACCCGACGGUACAGAGGUGUACAAUGGGAUGAAGGAUCGACUAUUGCCUAACUUUGGUUUCAACUUUUAG